AUUGCGCACUAAAACUAGUUCCUCAAUUUGUUGAAGUUCUUUUCUGCGCUAAAAAAUGUUUUUAAAUGAUAUUGGGCAGCCUUUAAUAUUGAAUUCUAAAAAAACUUAUGGUCCUUACGAGCAACAUAAUGGACCAAUGCUGUUAACAUCGGCCGCGUUCCAGGAUCACAUAGUUCCUACAAGUUGGUGUGGCCGAAUUAUUGGCUCAGCUCAUGAUGUGGCUCGUUUCCAAGGUGCGUUAUCCGAAACCAGUCAAAGAUAUGAGUAUAAUGUUUUAAAGCCCUUCGAACCAGUGAACAUUACGUAUGAUAAAGCCAAAAUUAGUUUAACUUUGAUACCAGCAGGACAAAACGAAUAUUAUGGACCUGCUAUCUUGUAUUACCUAAAGAAUGACUGCAUAAGAUCACUAAUAGCUGACAAUUUGAGCGGCUAUUUGGACUUUAUACCAAAGUCCGGUGCAACAUUUCAUCGUGCUAUUGGCAAUGGCAUAGAUGUCCUGUAUUUUGAUGACUUGUGCUAUGCGUCCGAGGAGGAUGAGGCAUUAGCGCAAAGAGAGUAUAUCUAUGCUUUCAUACAGCUUAUAAGGCCGAAGUAUUUGUAUGGAUUAAGACAAGAUAAAUUACCAAAGUAUUUGCUCGAUUUAUGCGCGUAGUAGGAUAUGAUGAUUGAUCCCAA